AUGGACAAAGAUUGCGACAUGGUAUAUAAGAACAUCUCUGACCUUUACAAAUCCGAAGAAUUUAAGACCUACGACAACUUUGUUUCGUUAGUUGCAAAAUGUGUUUGGGAAAUAAGAGAUAAAGAUAGUAGGGGUAAGGUAUGGAACGAACAAAUAAAACCCGCUAUGUUCGAGAUGAAGAAAACCAUUGACGCCUUGGUUGUUUUAGCAGGUAAGGUUUCAGAAUAUAACGCAAAAAUGAACCCGCAAUGUUCAAAAUGUAAAGCAGCAAUGAGGAAAUAUAACUACUCCGUCAAAGAGAUAGAACGUAUGCGAAACGACUAUGCAGAUUUAAAGAAAGAAGCAGAAAAACCAGCAGAAGAUAAAAUGAACAUGUUAGAAUUUCUGAACAAAAACUAUCCAACUGCUGACGAUUUCCUUCUAUCUGACGUCAAGAAGAAGUAUAAAGAAACUUUCGGUAUCGUUAAAACUUUUGACAUACUGACAGAAGAAAUAGAAGCUACGAAAUUGUUUAGAGUCAUGAACCAUCGCAACAUAUACCAUGUAAAAACGCUUGUAA